CUGUGUCUCUCUCUCUCUCUCUCCCCCUCCCUCUGCCUCUCCCUCUCCGCUGCUCCUCUCCCCUCCCUCUCUCUCCGCCCUCUCCUCCACCUCCCUUCUCCUCCCAACGCUACUCAAACCCUGACCCCAUUUCCAUUUCACUAUUGCCUUCGCUUGUUGACUCUCCGUCAAAUCUCAGGAUUCAUUACACGCCCACUACUACUCCUCAAGUUAUAGACUCCUCAAUUCGAGCGAUGUGAAGCUCACGUUGAGUUCCAAGGACGAACUCACUGUUUCCUUGAAUGUUCAUCGGCAGAUCUUGGUUGCUCACAGCCGAUUCUUCGCGGUUAAGCUUUCCGAUCGGUGGUCGAAGCAGCAGCGAACUUCUAACCCCUACAUUGUCGAGAUUGCUGACUGUGAUGACGUUGAAGUUUACAUUGAGGCUCUAAGUUUGAUGUAUUGUAAGGAUUUGAGGAAGAAGCUCAUGAAGGAAGAUGUCACCAGAAUACUUGGAAUCUUGAAGCUUCAUGGGGUUUUGAAUGUUGUGAGUUGGGGAAUCAUGUUUCCUGUUGGAGCCAUCAUCGCGAGGUACCUGAGAACUAUCCAGUCGGCGGAUCCUGCUUGGUUUUAUCUCCACAGCCUUUGCCAGUUUUCUUCCUAUGUUAUUGGGGUUGCUAGAUGGGGAACAGGACUUAAGCUUGGAAGUGAAUCAAAGGGGGUGCAAUACACUCAUCAUCGCAACAUUGGGAUUGCACUCUUCUGCCUAGCAACUGUGCAGGACCAUUGAUCUCUCCACUCAUGUAUUUGAACCUCGCAAGAAAAACUUGUUUUUGCAAAGUUUAUACAAAGAGGAGCAGGAGAAAUCACAUAUGACAAAUGGUAACAACAAUGGGAAGCAUGCUUUUCAUAGUGACAUUCAAGAUAAGGAUAUAGUUGAAGCUCUAGAAAAUGAGGUUUAAUAUUGGACAGACUUUUCAAAAGUUCACUUUCAUCCCUAGAGUCUAUAUGAAUACAUGCUUGGUUAGAGUUUUCCAAAAACUCUUUUCA